CUUCCAUUCCUAUCGAAGUUGGCUAUUUGGAAAGCGAUGGCAAAACUAUCGGUGGAGGCCAAUCAGUUUUCUUAAAUUGUAGAUACAUUUAUAUGUGUUUGUGCUUUAAGAAUUAAAAAAUUGUAUGCCUUUUGCAAAGGCCGACGCGAAUGCCCGAUACAACUGACCACAGGCAUGAAUCGUAGGGGUUUGAACACUGGCAAUACGAUGACUUCUCAAGCGAACAUUGACGACGGCAGCUGGAAGGCGGUCUCCGAGGGCGGAUCGAUGCUGCCCGCGUCCAAUUCGGCGGCCCUGAAUCCGGACGGGAACAACCAGGGCGGCUUCGCGCAGGGCGGCCUGCCGUACAAUUCGGGCGGCAAUCCCUAUCCGCCCGCCGGCCAAUCCUCGCCAGCCGGCAACCAGUCCAUCGUGUUCCAGAACUCCAACCAGCCUGGCUCGAACACACCUCAGUAUACCUCCUCACCUGCUCCCUCGGGCUCAUCGACACCCGGACCUGUUGGUGCGCAGAACAUUCCCGGCAACUAUCCGCAGUCGGCGACGGCGGGCAACUUCAACGGCCCGGUGGGCGGACCCUUCGGCUCGCCCUCCUCCGGACUGGGGCAGUUCAGCCGGCCGGCCAGCUCGGGCACACCGUUCAACAGCGGCCAGGCCGGGCACUUCUCAUCGCCCACGGUCUUCGGCGUUGGCGGGCAGUUCAAUCCCAUGCCACCGGCGUCGCCAUUCGGCCACGGUGGCAAUCACCCCAUGAUGGGCGGGCCGCAGCAGAUGGAGCGCAUCGACCAGGGCUUCAGGCGGCACAAUUCCUACUUCAGUCACACGGAGCACAGAGUCUUUGAGCUGAACAAGCGGCUGCAGCAGCGCAACGAGGAGAGCGACAACUGCUGGUGGGACUCGUUCACCACGGAGUUCUUCGAGGACGACGCCCGGCUGACCAUACUGUUCUGCCUGGAGGACGGACCAAAGCGGUACACCAUCGGGCGCACGCUCAUCCCGCGCUUCUUUCGCAGCAUAUACGAGGGCGGCGUCUCGGACCUGUACUUCCAGCUAAAGCACGCCAAGGAGUCGUUCCACAACACGUCCAUCACGCUGGACUGCGACCAGUGCACAGUGAUCACGCAGCACGGCAAGCCCUUCUUCACGAAGGUGUGCGCCGAUGCCAGACUGAUCCUGGAGUUCAUGUAUGACGACUACAUGCGCAUCAAGUCGUGGCACAUGACCAUCAAGGGACACCGCGAGCUCAUUCCAAGGUCCGUGAUCGGCACCAGUCUGCCGCCCGAUCCGAUGCUGCUAGAUCAAAUCACCAAGAACAUCACGCGGGCUGGCAUCACCAACUCCACCCUCAACUAUCUGCGCCUGUGCGUGAUCCUCGAGCCGAUGCAGGAGCUGAUGUCGCGGCACAAGGCGUACGCAUUGAGUCCGCGCGACUGUUUGAAGACCACGCUGUUCCAGAAGUGGCAGCGCAUGGUGGCCCCGCCCGGCAAGAAGGAUCCGCAGCGGCCACCCAAUAAGCGGCGCAAACGGAAGGGCUCCAAUUCGGGCGGCGGCAACAACUCAAACACGCCGCCCGUGACGAACCAGAAGCGCUCCCCCUCCGGCCCCAGUUUCUCCCUCUCCUCGCAGGACGUGAUGGUGGUCGGCGAACCGACGCUGAUGGGCGGCGAAUUCGGCGAGGAGGACGAGCGGCUGAUCACACGGCUGGAGAACACGCAAUACGACGGAACCAAUGCCGUGGAGCACGAUAAUCACACCGGCUUCGGGCAUGCCGACUCGCCCAUCUCCGGCUCGAAUCCGUGGAGCAUCGACCGGGCGGGAGCCAUCCCGGCCAGCCCUGGGAACGGGGCUGCCCCGCAGAACAACGCGAAUAUAUCUGACAUAGACAAAAAGAGCCCCAUUGUAUCGCAAUAGAAAUUAAUAAAACAUAAUAUUUCGCUAUAUUGUCAAAUGUAUUUUCAUACUUGCAUGUAAAAAUAUUUAAAUAAAGCUUUCAAGUUUUAGGAAAUGUAUAUAAGACAUACAUACACAUUAAAUCUAUAUAAUUGUACUUUAAGUCGUCUAUUCUACACACUAUCUAUUAUAUAAUUGUAGCGAUGUAGGAUACUUCUGUUCUGUCUUUGACUGCCUUGCAAAGUACUUAAUGUGUUGUUUCAGUAAAAAAUAACUUUUAAGCACAACGCAAAAAA